GAUUGGACUUGCCUAUAGAAACACAGUUUGAAAUCCCUGGUUAGCUACAAAGCUUACUGAAUGACCUUGGGUGGUGGAUAGAGUAAGUCAAUAACAGAAGGAGUCAGUAACAAAAAUGUCCUGAAUUAACUAAUCUCAAAUAAAGACUGACCAGAUUCAGUUGUCGACAUGGCUAUGCAAUGCAAGUCUACUCAGAAGAAGUAAUGAAGAGAAACAUGUACCAAAGUCCAUUUUGAGAUGAGGCAAAAGCCAACACCUUUUGGGCAGUCAUGAGCCAAACACCAGCUACUACCGAGCCACCCACCAGCAGGCCUGAUGAGAAGAGUUUUGUCUUUGAAGUUCCUGACAUCAUUGUUGUUGUCGUUUAUUUCAUCUUUGUCCUUGCUGUUGGAAUAUGGUCUUCUCUUCGAGCCAGUCGGGGAACCGUUGGAGGCUAUUUCUUGGCUGGAAGAUCCAUGACAUGGUGGCCUAUUGGAGCAUCUCUGAUGUCAAGCAAUGUGGGGAGUGGCUUGUUUAUUGGCUUAGCAGGCACAGGAGCUGCAGGAGGCCUGGCUGUUGGGGGCUUUGAGUGGAACGCCACGUGGGCAUUGCUGGUCCUUGGCUGGAUCUUUGUGCCAGUUUACAUUUCUUCAGGAGUGGUCACCAUGCCCGAAUACCUAAGGAAAAGAUUUGGAGGGCAGAGGAUUCAAAUCUACAUGUCUGUACUGUCCCUCGUUCUGUAUAUAUUCACCAAAAUAUCAACAGAUAUUUUCUCUGGUGCACUUUUUAUCCAAGUCUCUCUCGGCUGGAACCUUUACCUCUCUACAGUGAUCUUGUUAGCAGUGACAGCCAUCUAUACUAUAGCUGGUGGUUUAACUGCAGUGAUAUAUACAGAUGCUCUGCAGACGGUGAUCAUGGUGCUUGGAGCUUUGGUACUUAUGUUUAUAGGCUUUGAUAAAGUUGGGUGGUAUGAAGGUCUGCAAGAGAAGUAUAGUAGAGCCAUACCUAGUGUCAUUGUGCCAAACACUACAUGUCACUUGCCACGGAAAGAUGCUUUCCAUAUGAUGAGGGAUCCUGUCAAUGGAGAUAUUCCAUGGCCCGGGCUUAUAUUUGGCCUCUCUGUGCUUGCCCUGUGGUGCUGGUGCACUGAUCAGGUGAUUGUGCAAAGGUCACUCUCAGCGAAGAGCCUCUCUCAUGCUAAAGGCGGGUCAGUGCUGGGUGGAUAUUUGAAAAUAUUUCCAAUGUUUUUCAUUGUCAUGCCAGGCAUGAUUAGCAGAGCUCUCUUUCCAGAUGAUGUGGGAUGUGUAGACCCAGAAAUCUGCGAGAAGGUCUGUGGAGCUAAAGUGGGUUGUUCAAACAUUGCCUAUCCUAAGCUGGUAAUGGAACUCAUGCCUGUAGGACUCCGUGGUUUGAUGAUUGCUGUGAUUAUGGCUGCCUUGAUGAGCUCUCUCACCUCUAUCUUCAAUAGCAGCAGCACACUGUUUGCCAUAGAUAUCUGGCAGCGACUCCGUAACAAGGCCACUGAUCAGGAGCUCAUGAUCGUUGGAAGGGUGUUUGUUCUCAUUCUCGUUGCCAUUAGCAUCCUCUGGAUCCCCAUCAUCCAGACAGCCAACAGCGGCCAGCUCUUUGACUACAUUCAGUCAAUAACCAGUUACCUAGCGCCACCCAUCACUGCACUCUUCAUCCUAGCAAUCUUCUGUAAGAGGAUCAAUGAGCCAGGAGCUUUCUGGGGAUUGAUGUUUGGGCUAGCAGUCGGAGUCAUACGGAUGGUCAUGGAGUUCAUCUACAUGGUGCCCUCCUGUGGUGAGGAGGACCAAAGGCCAGCUGUGUUGAAAGAUUUGCACUAUUUGUACUUUGCUAUCAUCCUGUGUGUAUUAACAGCAGUUGUCAUCGUCUUUGUUAGCCUCUGCACACCACCAAUCCCAGAGGAAAAUCUUGCCCAACUGACAUGGUGGACUAGACAUAGCAAAACACCUGCAAAAGACCUGGAGAACCAUAGCACAGAGAUUAUUUCAUCCAAGGGAGAGAAUAAUUUGGAUACUAUUCAAUCAGAGAAUGGAGAUUUAGUACAUACAGAACAUGGAGAUGUGAAGCAUCCUUGCUGGAAGAAAGUAUAUUUCUGGUUCUGUGGGAUUUCCAUUGACCCCAAGCCAACUUUAACCAGAGAGGAUGCAGCAGCCCUUGAAAAGAAGCUCACCAGCAUCAAGGAAGAGCCAGUGUGGAAAGCUGUCUGCAAUGUCAAUGCUGUAGUUCUCUUGGCUAUUAACAUCUUCUUAUGGGGAUACUUUGGAUGAACCCAAGCUUGGGAGAAACUCAGAUAGAUUGAUUGCUUCACCUCAGUUAGAACACAAACAGGCAUUAACGGGGAAACAAGUUCCAGAUCAUUCAGCUAUGGACCCACAGCGUGGCUUUCAGCAGGUCCCCAUCUCUCAAUCUCCCUCCCUAUCAGUCAAAUCUUGACCUACCUCAUCGGGUUGUUG